GUGGCUGGCUGGGACGCCGAGCGCUGCCCGCUCCCUGCAACCGACGUCGAGGCAAGCGGACGACGGACGGACGGACGGACGGGGACCCCGGCAUCCCCCGGAGCUCCAGGUUGCAACUCCCCAGUCCGGCGUCCCCUUUGGGAGGUCCCGGGCGCCCUGCAGGCUCCGCUCUCUCCGCCUCUCCACCCCGCAGCCUCGACUAUGGACGGCCGAGAGGACAGGCGCGCAGCCUUCGUCGAAGCCCGCCGCUGGGUCGAGGCAGUUACUGGGAAAAGUUUCGGAAGCAAGGGUUUUCGCGCUGCUUUGGAAAAUGGAAUCCUUCUCUGUGAUCUAAUUAACAAGAUCAAACCUGGCAUCAUUAAAAAGAUCAAUCGACUGUCAACACCAAUAGCUGGACUGGAUAAUAUCAACGUCUUCUUGAAAGCCUGCGAAAACCUUGGAUUAAAAGAAGCUCAGCUUUUUCAUCCUGGUGACCUUCAGGAUUUAUCUAAUCGAGUUACCGUCAAACAAGAAGAAACUGACCGAAGAGUAAAAAAUGUUUUGAUUACCUUGUACUGGCUGGGCAGAAAAGCAGCCCGCAGCCCUUCCUAUUAUGGCCCCCACCUUGAUUUGAAAGCCUUUGAGAAAUUGCUUGGACAAGCCUUGACCAAGGCCUUGGGGGAAUCCUACAGCCCCAAACAAAGUGGGAGAGAUAGCGGAUACGGGGAUUUUUGGUGCACCGAACGUAUUGAUCCGCUUUCAUUGUCCACCAAUCACAAGCGGGACGAUUCCUUAGACAGCUUGGAUUCUUUUGGCUCCAGAUCUUCCACCAGCUUCUCUUCGGAUCUCACUCUGAAAGGUGGCAGUGAAGAUUUUGAGAGUGACACGGAUUCUGAGACACGCGCCAGAAUGCACGACCCUGGCAAAGAUGACAUGUCCUACCGCCGAGUUGCCUUAAUUGAACCCAAGCCUGCUGCAGAAUUCAACCGUUUCCUGCCCAGCAAAACCAAGCCACCAACUUAUAUGCCAGCUCCCUUAAGGAAGAAGAGAAUCGAGAAGAACGAAGAUAACAGAAGAAGCUGGGCGAGUCCCGUAUUUACUGAACCGGAUGGAAAUUUUUCGAGCAACCACAGAAGAAUUUUGGGGCCCGGGAUGGAACGCAAGUCAGCAACUUACAUUCUUUCAGACUUCUCCAACUAUUUGGAGGAGGAAGAAGAGGAGGAGGAGAAAACCACGGGCAUCCCAGACAUUGAAGCCGAUGACCUUUAUGCUCGCAAAAUAAGUGCUGCUGUAUCAGCUGUAAAACUUUCCUCUCAUAAAUUCCUCCCUAAGUCUUGGGCUCCGGGUGAAGAGUUGCACUGGAAAAAAGCACAAAGGAUAUCUUUUUCCAAACAGUGGUAUAAGGAAAUUCAAGGAUUCAGUAACUUGGCAGAUGCUGAAGAGGAGGAUGCAAAAGUCCAGCCCAGCCACAGCAUCAUGGACAGCUUGGGCAUCAGAUGCCAAGAAGAUGCUCAACCCACCAAGCCAACCACUGAAAUUGCUGCAGGCGAACUGCCAAGCCAGUUUUUAUUUCUUCGAGCCCUGCAAAAGUAUUCAGAGGGCCACCUGUCUUCUGACCAUAGAACCGAAGUUGACCCAUCUUCAGGGCCUCGGCUCAUAACAUGCAGAAAAUAUAAUUACCUUAGGCCAGGCUGUGACCAAAGAAUCCACGAGAUUAGAGACUUUUACCCAGAUCUGGAAAACGACGAUUUGUUCGUCCGUAAGACCGGUGCCUCCCACGCGAAUCCAGUCGUUCUCCAAGAUUUUGAGUAUUUUAGGAGGUCUUGUCAACAAAGUCCACGGAUCGAAGGAGAAAUUGUGCUUCAGCCCAGAGAUGGGGAAGAGGAAAUAUUUCCAGAUUUAGAAAAAGAUGACUUCACUGUUCGCAAAGCUCAACUGCAAAAGAAAGAAGUGCCUUUAUCGGGUGCCCCUGACAAAUACCAGCCAGCCCUCUUCCCGGACCCUUGGAGUCUGCCCCCAGAAAUCCAGGCCAAAUUUCUAUGCUUGCUGGAGAAGUCCACCCUUAAGAGUGAACGUGAAAGCAGAGGAAAAGUCUUAUCUCCUUCUUCAAGGCAAAAGAAAGACGAUAUGUUGACCCGAAAAAUGGAGCUGCUCUGCCUAGGAGGGAACGUGCAACGCAAGAGCUUCUUUCCAGGAGUGUGUAGCAAACAAGAUAUGGAAAAAUGGGAAACCAUCAGAGAGGCCAGCAGAAUCAGGCAUAAGAAACGGCAAAUGGUUGACAGGCUGUUGCAAAAGAUUUCUGAGGAACAUGGGAGUAAAUCCUUGAAUGACGUCAGUGCAGAUGAGCUACAAACGAUCCGGCAGAUGCGUUACGAAGAGCUCCAGAAAAUAAAAACUCAGCUGCGGGAACAAGAUCAGCAGUGGCAAGAUGAUCUGGCAAAAUGGAAAAGUAGGCGCAGGAGCCACACCUCUGAUCUGCAAAGGAAAAAGGAGGAGAGAGAAGAAAUUGAGCGAAGAGCUUUGGAAAGCUCGGAACGGCGCAGUAAAACCCUGAAAGAAAUGCAGAGAGACAGAGAGAGGCGAGAUCAAGCUCCUCUGAGGAACUCUUGGCAAGAGAUGGAACAAUCGUAUUUCUCAAACGAAGACGUCUUUAGGGAAGAGAAAGCAUCUCCCAAAGUCUGUGUUCCAACCGAGGCAAAUGGAGGCUUGAAAAGGGAAGAUGAUCAUGAGCUAAAGGACCAGAAACCAGAACGUGGGGUGAAGGAUGAGCCUCUCACCUCAAUAGACAGCCUGGCUGGAGUAAGGAUGGAGCCCCCAUUGCCAAGUUCCCGGUCAUCAAAUGCCCAAACUGGAUCUGGUCAGGUUUCAGCAUCUCUACCAAGAAGUUAUCAGAAGACCGACACCGCCAGGUUGACAUCGGUGGUCACCCCGAGGCCUUUUGGGGCCCCUAUGAGAGGAAUCGCCUCGCUUCCCAGGUCCUUUACGAUGGAUGCAGCCAUGAAAUACAAUGGAGGAAUGGAGGGGCCCAGGAAUGCUCAGUCAGGGCACAGCAGGGGCUCUGAAGCUCAGACAGGAGGGUCACAACAAGGCCAAGGCCAGAUGGAGCAACGAGUUGCAGAAGGCAGCAAAACCAGGACAAGCCGCUUACUGGAGGAGCAGAGAAGGAGAACACCUGAGUUGGACCCUAAAUCAGAUCAUCACACCGGUCCUGAUUCAAUGACCAUUAGAUCUUCUGCUCCCAAAGAGAGAACCCUUUCAGGCACUGAGGAGUCAAGACAGCACGAGCAAUACAGCGAUAUGAGAAUCAGUAUAAAUCAGAAACCAGGCAGCAGUCGUAGCUUUGGAUUUGCCGUGUACCAGAAUCCUUCUGGUGUCUUUGUAAAAUCAAUAGAAGAAGGGAGCCCUGCAGAUUUUUGUCAGUUGAAAGUUGGGGAUGAAAUCCUGUCCCUUGGGGGCACCAGUGUUUCACACUUGGAGCAGGGCGAGUGGGAAGCCGCCAUUUGCCAGGCCCUGGAAAAUGGAUGCCUUGUUAUGGACGUGAGGCGGCAUGGAAGGAAGGAUUGGGGCAAAGACCAGCCUUUCCCGCCAUUUGCAAGGCACAAAAUCCUCAAUCUUACCAGUAUGGCUACCAAAAUUAUAGGUACAUCUGAAAACAAAUGGAUUGAUGCCACAUCAGGAGAUCACGCUUCAACGCAAAGUCAACAGAUGUCCAAAAAGGAGUUGCACAGCCAUUUGCAGAAUGAUGGUUCUGAAACAAAAGUCAACGGAAUGCAGGAUGAUGCCAGCUGCUGUGAACAAAAAGACACAGAACCUAUUUCUUUGAAAAACUUAAAAAGGCGAUCCCAGUUUUUUGAACAAGGAGCAUCAGGUUCCCUUUACAAUUCAUGGGUGUAUCUUUGUGGAGGUCAGGAGCCUGCAAUACUUGAUCUCCCUGUCCCACCCAUUGCGGCUCCCAGCCGUUGGACUUGGGAUCAAGAAGAAGAAAGAAAAAGGCAAGAGAAAUGGCAAGCAGAGCAGGAGCGCUUACUCCAGGAGCAGUACAAGCGUGAGCAAGAGAGGCUUAAGGAAGAAUGGCUGAAAGCCCAGCGGGAGGCAGAAAAAGACAUCUCCAGUUACUUAAAGGAGGAACAGACUAACCUGACGUGCCCUGCUCUAACCGGGAGUGUACAGGAGGUCCCAACUUUUUUGUGGGAAAGAAAUGGAAGUAACAAGACUGAUUGUCAUAGUUCUGAAAGAAAUUGGGAAGAGGAAAGCAGGCCGGAGUACCAGGGGAAAGAUAGUGAGCUAGCGAGAAGCAGCUUACAACAACAAGGAGUUUUACAGGUGGAGCAAAAGAGAAAGUUACAAGGAAUAGAAAAUGGGAAGGGAUGGAAUGGACAGGACACCGUAUACUAUGCAAAGGAACCAAGUUAUCCAGAAGAAGUACCUCAAAAAUCCCAGGUAGAAGUUGUCAAGGAACCAAGGCAUUGGGAAGAAACAUCUCAAAAUCUUCUGAUGGAGCCAAUUAAUGAACCAAAAUAUGGUGGUGAAACAUCUCAGAAUCUACUCUUUGAACCUAUCAAAGAACCAGGGUAUCAGGAAGACACAUCUCAAAAGUUACUGCUGGAACCACUCAAGGAACCAAGAUUUUGGGAAGAAAAAUCUCACAAAACUCAUGUGGAAAUAACCAAGGAAUUAAGAUACCAGGAAGAACCAUCUCCAAACCUGCUGAUGGAACCUAUCAAGGAACCAAGGUAUCGGGAAGAAGCAUCUUGUGAGCUGCUGAUGGAACCUAUCAAGGAACCAAGGUAUCGGGGGGAAACAUCUAAGGACCUGCUGAUGGAACCGAUCAAGGAACCAAGGUAUCGGGAAGAAACAUCUAAGGACCUGCUGAUGGAACCGAUCAAGGAACCAAGGUAUCGGGAAGAAACAUCUAAGGACCUGCUGAUGGAACCGAUCAAGGAACCAAGGUAUCGGGAAGAAGCAUCUAAGGACCUGCUGAUGGAACCAAUCAAGGAGCCAAGGUAUCAGGAAGAAGCAUCUCAAAAGCUGUUAGUGGAACCUAUCAAGGAACCAAGGUAUUGGGAAGAAGCAUCUCAGGACCUGCUGAUAGAACCUAUCAAGGAACCAAGUUAUCAGGAAGAAGCAUCUCGAGACUUUCUGAUGGAACCUGUGAAGGAACCAAGGUAUCGAAAAGAAGUAUCUCGAGACUUUCUGAUGGAACCUGUGAAGGAACCAAGGUAUCGAGAAGAAGCAUCUCGAGACUUUCUGAUGGAACCUAUCAAGGAACCAAGGUAUCAGGAAGAAACAUCUAAGGACCUUCUGAUGGAACCAAUCGAAGAACCAAGAUAUCGUGAAGAAGCAUUUCAAAAGCCGCUGGUGGAACCAGUCAAGGAGGUGUCAGUGCAAAGAUUUCAGUAUCAAAGACAUUAUGAAUCACCAAGACUCUCCAAUGAACAAGGAAAGUACUUCAGUGUGGACAGAAAUAAAUCCAGAUCAACCACUGAUUUAGACAAUCCUCAGCCCAGUGGGCUGAAGAAGAAGUUCUCUGAGCAAUCCUGGAAUGCCACCAACUCCCUGAAAAGAUCUCAGAAGGAACAGGGCUUGUCAUCCGCCGAGCUGGAAAGGCAGCAGAUUCUUCAGGAAAUGAGAAAAAAGACCUCUCUGCACACAGACAGCAGCUGGAUCCGGCAGCGCAGCUCCAGCAUGCACAAAGAGCCCUUCAGUCUGGCCGGCAAUAGAAUGAGGAGAGGUGAGAGCUUAGAUAAUCUUGACUCUUCAAGGACAAACUCCUGGAGACCUCAUUCCUGGGUGAACCAAUCUGCAUCUUCUACAUCUUUAUCAAGCAGCCAAGAGUUAGGCCAGCAUGUUGCUCCCGUGGUGUCCACCUCCAAUCGGGCCUACAUGCGCACCCCGUCUUCCAGCCUGCCCUCCCCUUCCUCUGCAUCUAUGAAAACGUCCUCCUUGCCCCACAUCCCCCCAUCACCAACUGUUCCUCAAGCUCCUUCGCCAACCUCUUCUUCUCAGUCUGGGACGCAACAGCGCAACAGGUCGGUGAGUGGAAAGCGAAUGUGUUCCAGCUGCAGAAACGCUCUGGGCAAAGGAGCGGCUAUGAUCAUCGAAUCUCUUGGCCUUUGCUAUCACUUACAUUGUUUUAAGUGUGUUGCUUGUGAGGGGGAUCUUGGCGGAUCACAAGCCGGAGCAGAAGUCCGUAUCCGAAACAGCGAACUCUUCUGCAACAGCUGCUAUCUCAGAUUUAAAACUGGACAGGCGACCACCAUGUGAUCCGAAGAAGGAGAAGGAGAAGCCUCUGCAACAGACAGAGAAGGAAAUGGCUGCUGCAAAUCUAUAAAUAUUUGGAGUGGGUGUGUUUUAUAGGACCAGAAGUUUGGCUGUCUAGAUCAUGUAGAAGACACACUUCCUCCUUCAUAAAAAAAACCCCCUAUUUUGAAAUAUUUAUAAGGAAGUCAUCACGUUCUAGAGAGUUGUGCAGAACUUUGCGAGAUUUACAUUUGAAGACACGCGGAGGUGGUUGCAGUCUUUAUCUCAGUUAAGCUACGCUUAAGUAAUAUUACCCUUUUAAAACUGUCCACUUCACUUUCUUCCAUCUCCCUUUGUGCUUUAACAGUUUGAAUCCGGUUGGGGAAAUUGUGAAAACUCCUUUUUCGUCCCGUGUUUGAAAAAUGUAACUCUCCAUUGCACCUCAAACAGGUUAAUAUGACUGAAGAAUUUUUUCUUUCUGUUUUCUUUUGUAUUUGUAAAUAAAGUUGCUGAUGCUGCACUUAGACAAA